UCAAAAUCAAAGUGAAAGCUAAAGUGCCAUUCUUCAAGACUUCUAUUUAUAAGCAUGCCUUUGAAGCACCGCCUUAAGAUUAUAACAAAUUAUAACUAGAAGUAGAGAAUUCAGCAACUUAUAAAUAGUGUAUUGUAUUAUAUCUACUCCUCCCUUGGCAAAUAUAUAGUAUAUGUGUCACCUUUCUUGAGAGAAAGUGAACUCGAAGACUAGUUUUCAUUUACACACAUAAACAGUAGCAGUUAUAGUGAAUUUAACCGCAAGGUGACAUAGUGAUAGUGCAGUGAAUAGAAUAACAGUAGGAGUAGUUCAGAAUACUAUGACAAUUAUUAUAAUUAACACACCAUUAUUACAUAUUUUAUUGGUGGGGAGAUCCUUAUGAGACAAGACUGUAGUGAGAGUGUGUCCAUGCGGUUGUAUAAAGGACCGCUAGUUCAACAUACAAGGUUUCUACAGCCCGAUUUUGUACCUGAAAAAUCAACUGCAAUAAUCCAGUUCCAGUUGAAAUGUUCGAUUAAUUUCCGUUCACGUUAGCAAAAUCUAUUCAGGUGACAUACAAUCAUUCGUCUGGAACAACUCCGUUCAUCAUCAAUGACGUCACACUAUGUCAUGUUGUGCUCCACCAACCAUGACAUGAGCUGACUCCCCAAUUCGUCUCUAUUUGGCAUCUAGUCUCCCUCCACACUACAAACUUGAAUCGAAAAAAGAAAGAAAUAUAGUGAGAAAUCGAAAAUAAAGGGUGGAAGUGGAUAGAAAAAAGUAAGAGAGAAGAGAUAGAGUAAAAAGAGAAGAGAAAUAAUGAAAAAAAACUUAGAUGAACCGGUAAUUAGGCGGGUUUGGGGAGAAAUUUAAUGAAAAAUCAGUAUUUGAGAUUACAGAAAUUGGUUUUGAAAACCAAAAUCAUUAAUUUCAUGCAAUUGUUGGAUGAAUCGUGGAGGAUUAGGUAGAAAAAUAGAAAACAAGAAGAUAAAGUAGUGGAAUACAUUGGUUGAGAGAAACUUGUAGAAAUUAGCAAAUAGGCAGUAGAAGGACAGGGAAGAGAAUAAACUUCAAGCAGAAUGAUCCCGGACAGGGAUCAAUAGAAAAUUGCUAAAAAUAUUGAAACACAGAAGGAAAUUGAUUAAAUUAUAGGAGCGAGGCAGGAGGACUGAUUAACGAAUUCAAUAUAGUCAGUGGAAUAAUACUGAAUGAAUGGUCAGUAGAAAAUAUACUUACUUCAUUGGAACAAUAUCAAGUUUUAGAACCAACAAAAAAUGAAAAUGAAAGGAAAUGAAAGAAUGAGUAAGGAAAAGGAAAUUGACAUAAGUGAGGUCUGAGGAGGAUUGCUGGAAGAUUAAAAAUCUCAAUACAUCGGGAGUGGAUGGAAAAGAGAAGGAGAAGAAGAGGAACAGAGAAGAGAAUAAUAUGGAAACAAACAAGUGGAGGUGAUAUAAUAGGAGAAGGAAAACCAAAACAGUUGGGAGGGCUAAUGGAGGAUUGAAGAUCUCAAUACAGCGGUAGUGGAUAGAAUAGCGAGGAAUAGGAGUAGGUAGCCUAGAAGAAAAUAGGCAAAAAUAUAGUCGAAUUAACAAGAGAAGGUGGGAUAGUAGGAGAAGGAACACCUGAGUACAAGAAAGGUAGGAGAAAGGAUUGCAAAAAUCGGCGCACUUUCAGCUACCCAAGGAUAGUUAGCAGUUAUCAGUUGGAACUCAGCCGCGCGUCUGGAUACAAGGAAUCCUGUCAGAGGAGAAGAACAUUUCUGUUUUGUCGAAUUAUUCUCUAAAAAAGAUGUCUCCAAAUUUGUCUCACGCCUCAUUUCUGCUAGUGAUCGUCGUGAUAAUGUCGUUUGUGACAUGUCAAGUGACCCCUCCACCCCCCAAGCAUAACGGCGAAUCCUUCAUGAUGCAGAAACUUUACAUGGAGGAUGUUGACAGAGCAAUAGCGUCAUGGAACCCGUCACGUGACAAGCAGAACGUGUGGGAGCUGUCAGGGCUGUACGAGGGAGACAUCAUGAUGCCCAGUUCCAGUGGAGAGAGUGAGCGCAACGCCAUCUUGGACGACACCCUGCGUUGGCAUGACGGCGUCGUUCCCUAUCACAUCAGCGACGAUUUCGACGACGACGAGAAGGAGGUGAUAAUGGGCGCAAUGGACGAGUUCCACCAGAAGUCGUGCAUCAAGUUCCGUCCAUACGAGGAGGGCGACGACGCCUACGUGGUGGUGCGAGGCAACAACCCAGGCUGCUGGUCGUACGUGGGGCGUCGCGGCGGCGGCCAGGUCGUCAACCUUCGCGGUCGAUGCGUGCAGCAUGGCGUCGCCGUGCACGAAUUGCUGCACGCAGUCGGCUUCCAUCACCAGCAGUCGGCCGCCGACCGUGAUGAGUUCGUCAAGAUUCAUUGGCAGAAUAUUGUGCCCAGAACGAGAGGAAACUUCAGAAAGUACAGUCCAUUCAAAGUGACUGAUUUCAAUGUUGGCUAUGACUACGAGAGUGUCAUGCAUUACAGUUCACAUGCAUUCUCAAAGAAUGGAAAGAAAACUAUCACUCCUUUGGAUGAAGGAGCCAACAUAGGGCAGCGCUUCGGCAUGAGCGACAAGGAUCAAAUGAAACUGAACAUAAUGUACAAGUGCGACAGCAGCCGAAAUCGCUACCCCUCUCACUCACCCUCUAGCAGCAGCAGUUCCUACUCCAGCUCCAGCUACCCGCAGCUGCAGUCCUUCUGGGACUCGCCCUUCGACUUCAGCUACUUCAAGUGACACGCGCUCGACAAAAUCGUUCAACUAGGUUUUCAAAUUGUCUCUAAAGUUAUCUAGAAACUAAUUUCAACAAUUAUCUUAAUUUCUAGGUUUUCAAAUUGUCUCUAAAUUUAUCUAGAAACAAAUUUCAACGAUUGACUAGAUUUCUAGGUUUUCAAAUUAUCUCUAAAAUUAUCUAGAAACAAAUUUCAACGACUGUCUCGAUUUUUAGAUUGUCUAGAUUUUGUAAUUGUCUUCAAAAUAAUAUAGAAACAAAUUUCAAUGAUAUCAAAGUUCAACUAGGGUUUCAAAUUACGAUGAUAUGGAAGUUGAAUUGGGUUUUCUAAUUUAUUGGUCUCUAAAUUUAUCUAGAAACAAAUUUCAACGAUUGACUAGAUUUCUAGGUUUUCAAAUUGUCUCUAAAAUUAUCUAGAAACAAAUUUCAAUGACUGUCUCGAUUUUUAGAUUGUCUAGAUUUUGAAAUUUCCUCCAAAAUAAUAUAGAAACAAAUUUCAAUGAUAUCAAAGUUCAACUAGGGUUUCAAAUUAUGAUGAUAUGGAAGUUAAAUUGGGGUUUCAAAUUGUUCACAAAAUUAUCUAGGUACAAAUUUCAGUGGGCCUAAUAUCAAAACCCUUAGAAUUUUAUAUAGGCCUAUAUAACUUUAAAUCUUGAAAUACAGGAAUACUUGAGAUUCUUUUUGAUCAAUCUGAAGUUAAGAGAGAGUUAAAAAUAGUUAUAGGUAGGUACUCGUAGAUGUCCCGUAACUCAAAAUGGGUUUUUAAUCUCUCAAUUUUUUCUCACCUUUAAUCCUUUUUUUAAGGUGAUGCCCAAGUAAGCACCAGCCUUGAGCAGAGAAAAUGAGAAGAUGUUGUUCAGAGAUGAAAUGCCUAUUGUAAAUAGUUAUUUGUGCAACUAGUGCGCAAAGUGACAGUUUGCUGCACCGAAAGAAACAUUUACGCCCAAGCCGUAGGCGAGGGCGGAAUGGCUUCUUGAGUGCAGCAGAG